CGCUUGAAUCAACAAUAUGUGAUCUAGGCAUUAAGACCUAUUCAGUCUGUAAGUAAAAUUCAAUUAGUUAAUACGGUUUGUGUAGCCACUCGGGGGAAGUAAUUCAGUUCCAAUCAAGCCAACAACCUAAAAUCACCUACCAUGUCAGAUCCUCCUCGGUAUGGGUUUCGACCUGAGUACACACCACCAAUUGAAUCAACAUCCCAUCCAUACAAUUACAACCCAGGGGUUGAAUUAUCUUAUCCAAUGCCAAUGCCUUACGAUAGCAACCCAAAUCCCUCAAUAUUAGAGCAUCGCUCUAGGAGAAAAUCAUCAUGUUCAUCAUCGUCCUCAUCAUCAUCUAGCUCAAAGUCGAACUCCAGUUCAGGUGAUUCUUAUCAACCAGAAGAAAAUCUUCCAGGUCCUCCUCCCCCACUUGGCUUUCUGUGGCAACGUUCAUCAAUCUACAGCGAAUUCCCUUACAAUGGAGCUGUUCGCGCAGGAGUUGAUCAAGAUGGAACACAAAUCUUCGUGGGACGGGCGUAUCAUGAAGGGGAUAUUAUCCCAUGUAAAAUCAUCCCAGAAAAACAAGCAUGUUAUAUCGCGUACGGCGGCGAAGAAAUCCUAAAGAACGAAUUCGAAGUUCUACGAACCGGUGAGCUAUCAUGGCAAUUUGCAACGAAUGGCGAUAUUCCACCAGGAGCUCUUGAAAUAGGCCGGACAACAGAUGGCGAACCCCUGUACGCAGGGCGCUGCAUGUGGGAAGGAUCGCAAACACCAGGAAAAGUACAACCUUCCCAUGGCUGCUUAUACUUUCCAUUUAAUGGACAGGAGAUAAGUGUAAAAGAGUAUGAAGUUCUUGUACUUCAGUAGGCUCUUCACAAUCAGUAACAUUUAGAUAAAUCUUAAACUACUACUGACUGCACAAUAAAUAAUUUUCAAAGUA